CCUCUUAAGAAUCAAAUCAAGCAGAAGAGAAAAAAAUUUUGGAGGAGCGAAUCGAAACCAUAAAUUAAGAGCAAGAGCCUCUUGAGGUCUAGAGAAUAUUCUCUCUGCCGGUUAAUGAUGCUCCGAAAAUGUGGCGGGAAAUCGGCGACAGAGAAGCGGGGAAGCUCCGCCCAAGUUCGUUCUCGAAUCGGGUCAAGUCAAAUCGGAUCCAGACGCUCCAGCUCUCCAAUCAGAAAGAAAUCGUCUCCCCUCACCGAGGCGCCAUCAACUCUCUCCAGGUCGAUUUGACGGAGGGGCGGUACUUGUUGUCCGGCGCCUCCGACGCGUCGGCCGCCGUGUACGACAUCCAGCGCGGCACGGAUUACGAGGGCGGCGGUGCUAUUUCGAAGCACAAGGCGAUAUUCGUGGUGGAUAAGCAACAUGAGAACGGGCACAAGUAUGCGGUGUCGUCGGCGGUUUGGUAUCCGGUUGACACCGGACUAUUUGUGACGGGUUCUUAUGAUCAUCAUAUUAACGUGUGGGAUACGAACACGACUCAGGUGGUGAUGAAUUUCAAAAUGCCUGGGAAGGUUUAUAGGACUGCCAUGUCUUCCUUGGCAACUUCUCAUAUGUUGAUUGCUGCUGGAACUGAAGAUGUGCAAGUUCGGCUCUGUGAUAUUGCUUCCGGGGCAUUUGCUCACACUCUGUCUGGUCACCGCGAUGGUGUAAUGACAGUGGAAUGGUCUACUUCUAGUGAGUGGGUUUUGGUUACUGGGGGAUGUGAUGGUGCAAUUCGUUUUUGGGACAUUAGACGUGCUGGAUGUUUUCUUGUUUUAGAUCAGUCCCAGUCUCAGCUUGGGAGGCGCCCUCCAGUCCUGCAACGCUCUGCCACAAAUAAGGGUUCAACAGCUAAGCCCUUGUUAGCUAGUCAAAGCUCAUUUGCAAAAGCACGGGCACAACAAAGGAAACAUACUAAUGGAAAUGGUGCAAAAUCAUCCACCAGUAAAAUCCCAGUAAAGGGAUCUAUGAAGCAAAGAUUACAUCCAGGAAUGUUGUCUAGUCAGGAUCGUGCUACUGCUCAUUAUGGUGCCGUUACUGGGUUAAAAGUUACUGAUGACGGCAUGUAUCUACUAAGUGCAGGUUCUGAUUCAAGACUAAGAUUGUGGGAUGUCGAAUCUGGCUGCAAUACUUUGGUGAACUUUGAAACUGUGCGCCUGCAGACAAGCAAACCCAUACAGUUAGCCACAAGCCCGAAUUCACCACUUGCUUUUGUUCCAUGCAUGACAGCUGUGAAGGCAUUCGAUAUGUGGUCAGGCAGGACGGCCCUGACAUUUCGUGGUCACUAUGAACAUGUGAACUGUUGCUGGUUUAGUUUGCAAGAUCAGGAACUGUACACAGGUGGCAAUGAUAGACAAAUUCUAGUAUGGUCACCAUCCAGAUUGAUUUCCGAUGAGGAUGAAGGACCUGUUAAGGAUGAGGAUAACUGGAGUGAUUGACAUGAGCUGUAGUUGCCCCGGAGUUACGAGAUAUGUUGGAAAAAUGGAAAGGGGAAAUACAGUUACAUAUCUUACUGCGAGUUCCCUAUGUUGCUUUCGUUCCUUUUAGCUUGACACCUACAAUAACAAGCACACAUUUUACUUUUAACUUGUGCAUAGUGUAUAUACAUGUAGAGGUUUAUUUGUGAAACCAGACAAAUUUUAAUCUUGAAUACAAAAAAGGGCAAAUUUUUCAUUGAAAUAUA